AUGAGAACUGCUAUUAAAGAAGACCUCAACUUUUCAAGUGCAGAGAUGCUCUAUGGCACAACCCUUCGAUUGCCUGGAGAUUUUUUCCGACCUUCCAGUACUGGCAAAGAAUCCCGCAAUGUCCCGGGUUUUGUACAAAGACUUCGUGAGUUCAUGUCUACGUUGCUUCCUACUCAAGUACCACGGCACAGACAGCACAAUAUUUUUGUGCAUCAAGACUUGAAAACGUGCACACAUGUAUUUGUGAGAAUUGACAGUGGCCGCCGAAGCCUCGAACCUCCGUAUCACGGACCACAUAAAGAUGUGAAACUCAACGACAAAGUGUUCACCUUAAAAAUUGGAAAUAAAGAAUCAACAGUAACCAUUGACAGACUUAAACCAUGUUUUACAGACAAUACGUCCAAUGUGCAUCCAAGAGUUAAAAAUCUCCCCACAAAUCCUCCAUAUAAAUCUAUUCUAAAGAACAGUAUGGAAUCUUCACAACAAUCAACGAAUCUUACACCUUCCAAACCAAAACAGCAUAAAGUUAAAUUUGAAAACUCUCCUCGAUCUUUAACCAAAACUACAAUGAGAGGAAGAAAAGUUCAAGCACCUGUUCGUUACCCGCAAUAG